AUGCUACCCCCUCGCGCCGCCCUCGGGCGAAUACCAGGUCACUUACGACCGGUGCUUCCUCUGCGAACACCUGGUCCAAAGGUCCGCCUCCAACCAUUCACUCACCGCAGCAGACUGCUUCUCUCCCCUCCGCCCGGCCGCCCUCAACUACCCUUCCUAUCACCAUUGACACCGAUUCGCUCUCUCCCACCGCUCUCCAUCCACCUGCGCCAGCACUUCGGGCGCUUGAUCUCCACUGAAAGUCGCGCACACUUUAAGAAGCGUCUUUCCCGUGGCUUGAAGAUUGGUCUCUCUUUUUAUGCUAUUCUCGUCCUCUUCCAGAUCAUCAAGCUAGGUUUAUACCAGGAAGAUAUCGAGCAUGAAUGGCCUACGCCGGCGGAAUGGUCUUGGAAAAGUCGUUGGUGUUUGCGCUCUGCCCAGGCUAUCAUGCAUCCCGAGCAUAUUGGUAAGCUGAUGACCAAUUGGCCCAUGGUCGCUGGUUAUCUGCGCGAGCUGCUGGAGCGUCUGGAGAAUACCGAUGGGGAAGGCAAGGGAAUCGUUGAACAGGAAGAGGGUGGCCUUCUCGUUGAAGGAGUUGGAAAAACCGGUCUGGAUGUCUCUGCGAAGAGCGAGCACUGGCGCCGUGGCUAUUUCCAGGCUCUUAUGGGCGCGGCCAAGGCUGCGGAGAACCUGGAUGGUUGGCUGACGGAUCGGAAGCAGAAGAUUUCUGCGCCGGCGGAGUAUGUCGUUGGUCCGUCGAACCCGCGGCCUAAGCCGAUGCCUGCGGGCCAGAAGAAGGUGCCGCAGGAGGAGGAUUGUGAGGCUGCGUCUCCGCCGCCGGAGACCUUUUAUAUGAAGGUCCUCACUACGAAGGGCUUUGAUACAAGGCAGAAGCUGGAUGCUGCGCUUGCGUAUGCGGAUUGGCUUGAUUAUAAGGGUCUGGGUCGUACUGCGGGUGAUAUGUACACGUGGGCGCUGGAUAUUGCCGCAGGUGGACUCGAGGGUGAUGCCAAUAAGGUGGUAGAUCUUGAGACAGGCAUUCUGAAGAAUAACGGUUCUGAUCUGCCUUCUGAAAACAUCCUUCGCGUCUCGACUGCGCUGGCUGUUCACAACGCCCGCCAGGGUAACCUGCCCACUGCGCUCUCCCUCUUUACAUCCGUCCUCAAGGCACGACGCAGUCUCCCUACUACCCCAUUCUUCAAUCACACUUCCCCCCUCUCUCUCCCCUCACAAACACACGCUUCCAACGACCCAAUCACCGGCUUCGUCACAUCUCUCAAAAAAAUCUUCAACCCACCCGAAUACCCACCUGCCCUCCCAUCAGGAAACACACCCCCCCUCCGCACCCCAUCUUCCACCUGUGACGAAGCAGGCCUAAUGACCUAUAUCGGCGAAAUCCUCUACGCAUCCUCAUCCCGCGACCACGGCCUCGCCUGGACCCGCGACGCUGUCGAAAUCGCCGAGUCAACCAUGCUCCAACUCACCAGUCCCGAGGACAAACCCGCGCGCGCACGUUGCGCGCAGUGUCUCAAAGUUGGUCUCGAGAAUUGGAAGGCCAUGGUGUCAACACGUGUAGCACAGGCGAAGAAGGAGCAAGCUGAGGGUAAGGGUGCUGGCAAGUCUAAGUCCUGGUUUGGUAGUCGUGGAUCGUCCCAGAGUGCCAAGGUUGAGGAGGUGAAGAGGUGGGAGGCGGAGGAGGCACUGCUGGAGGAUCGGAUAAGGAGGCUUUUCCCUGUGCUUGUGGGGGAGUCGGGGUUGGAUUCGUUGUCGCCGAAUAGUUCGUUGUUUGUGUGA